AUGAAGAAAAUAAACGAAAGAAGAAAGAUAUCUGGUCAGAGGGAAGUGAAGAGGAGACAAAGGAACUUAGAACCAGGAGACCUUCGGCAGCACAGGCCAAAAACAAUAGUAGGAAAGCAGAAACUCACCAAAGAAAAUGUUGAGAAGAAGCUUGAAAUGGAGAGGAAGCCCAACAUAGAUUAUGAAUCCUCUUUUGGUAAAGCACGCCCAAAUGAUACUAUCCUGAAGCUUCAAAGGACAACACCAUAUUACAAAAGAAACCGGGCACACGUUUGCAGUUUCUACAUAAGGGGUGAGUGUACGAGAGGAGCUGAGUGCCCUUAUAGGCAUGGGAUGCCGAUAACUGGGGAAUUGUCUCAACAAAAUAUCAAAGAUCGUUAUUAUGGGGUGAAUGAUCCGGUGGCAUUGAAGCUACUUGGCAAGGCAGGAGAGAUGACCUCUUUGGAGGUUCCUGAGGAUGAGAGCAUUAAAACUCUUUAUGUUGGUGGAUUGGAUGCGAGGGUCACUGAGCAGGAUUUACGGGAUCACUUUUAUGCCCAUGGAGAAAUUGAAUCAAUCAAAAUGGUUCUCCAACGGGCUUGUGCUUUUGUAACCUAUACUACCAGAGAAGCUGCAGAAAAGGCAGCUGAAGAACUUUCCAACAAACUGGUUAUUAAGGGCCUUAGGCUAAAGCUGAUGUGGGGCAGGCCUCAGUCAUCAAAACCCGAGUCAGAUGUCUCUGAUCAAGCAAGGCAGCAGGCAUCUGAGGCUCAUAGUGGAUUGUUGCCUCGAGCAGUUAUAUCAGAGCAGCAGAACCAGGAUCAAACCCAAGGAAUGCUUUACUAUAAUAAUCCACUUCCUCCUCCUCAGCAGGAAAGAAGCUAUUACCCAUCAAUGGAUCCUCAAAGAAUGGAUGCACUUGUCCCAUCUCAAGAUGGUCCUCCUGGUGGGCCUUCUGGGUCAGGGGAGAACAAACCCAGCUUGGAGAAGCAGCAAAUGCAACAUUAUCCCCAUCCAAUGAUGCCUCCUCCACCUGGCCAAUAUCAUCGCCAGUAUUACCCUCCAUAUGGUUAUAUGACACCAGUUCCCCCUUAUCAACAGUACCCUCCAUCAUACAAUGCUGCAAUGGCUCUAUCACAGCUACCUGCUGCAAAUCAUCCCUAUCAGCAUUCUAUGGAGCCAGGGUCUUUUUCACAGAUUGGGUCUGCACCAGCCGAAACUGUAACAUCACAUUCAGGGUCACAGCAGCAGUGA